GUGAUUAUUUUAUUCAAGUUUUGAAUCAUAACAAAACAACGUGAUAAAAAUAAUUUCAAUCAUUGUUUACGGAUAUUUUCUAUAGAAUCAUUGUAAUGGGACGUAAGAUUCCUUUACCAAAGCGACAUUUUGGUGUUCGUGAUCCUCUUCUACAGUUAGCAGAACGAGAAGCAAAAAUAAAAGAUAAAAUCAACAAUCCACCAAGGCAUGUCGAUGAGCAGGAAGUGUCUAAAAAAUUUAAAUCCUUUAUGAAGCUUAAGGAAGCUACAAAAGCUGGAAAAUUUAAGAAAGAAUCGAAAUUUGGUGUUGACGACGAUUUUAAAGCCACUAAAAUAGAUAUGGAAGGACUCAGAAAAAAUGCUAAUGAAUCUGAUUACAAAUUUAUGAAACGUGUCAACCGAAUCACUCAUCAAAGAAGAGUUGAAGCAGGAUUUGCAGCAAAGUAUAACGUAAAUAUUGUAAGAAAUCAAGAAACAGGAGAAAUUAAAUUGGAGAAAAAACCUAAAGAUGAAAUAGCCGAGUUAAUGAAAAAACGAAGAGCAGAAGCAAAAAAUGGGAAAAAAGAUUUCAAUGAUGAAAAGCCAGAAAUUGAAAACACGACAAAACUUACAAGUCUUGAAAAACUUAAACUUAAAAAAGCUUCAAGGAAACAACAGAAAGACGAAGAAAAAUCUCUUGCAUUUGCCGAAUAUCAACAUGAAGUGAUAAAGUUUGGUGAAGUUGCACAAGCUCCUCCAUCAUUAGUUACUCCACGAAGAGCGGAGAAACAUGAAACAGCUCCAAGACCAGGCAAACGUGAUUUACUUUUGACUUCAAUGCUAAACAAAAGUUCACCAAUAAAGCCAAAUAAGAUCGUCAAAGGCCCAGUAGACAGGAAAGGCAAGAGAAAAAAUCUCCCAAACUCAACACGAUUAGCACUGGAAAAUGAACGAGUGAAUGCUGUGGACCUUUACCGACAACUCAAGAAAAAGCAGCCAAUUGUACAAAUUCAGAAUAAAAAUAUUGAAGAUUUUUAAAUAAAAAAUAAGAACAGAUCUAUUAGAUAAUUAAUAACAAUAUGUAAAUAAACAAUCAAUUGUGAAUUAAAUCGAUUUCUGUAAUUGCAUUGGAAGAUGUAUUCUAAUUAGGUCUAACAAUAGCAAAUAAAACUAGGAAAACUUGGUAAGUUAAACAUCAUGAUGGUUUUGAGUCCUCAACAUGUAAUUCAUAACUGCUGAUUUACUAUCUACAUAAAAUAAACUUCAAUAAUUGAAUGCAC